CCUGUCCUCCCUAUGGAAGGCUCAGUGUAGUUCUAAACAUGAACAGGAGUGGUCAGUGGACGUUUCUGCACACAAAUGCUCACGAGAUAAAGGAAAGUACUUUAGUAAUGGAGAAGGCAUUUCAGGAAAAGAGGGAUGAGGCUGAGAGCACCAGCUGCAUCACCCUCCGCCUGACCUCCUCCAACCUGUCCAAUUACUUCCUGUCGUCCACCUACCUUCCCACCUUCGUCGUGGCGGUGAUUGGCUACAUGACCUUCUUCUUCCCCGUGAACGACUUCAGCGAUCGGUUCAUCGUCAGCCUCACGGGCCUUCUCGUCGAGGCGGCCUUCUUCAUGCAGACAAGUUCUUCUAUCCCGCAGACAGCUUACAUCAAAAUGAUUGACAUCUGGUUCAUGUUCUGCAUCGUGUAUUUCUUCCUCCUGAUGACUGCUCUACUUCUCAUCAAUAAAUGCCUGGUAAGAAAUGGGAGAAAAAUUAUGCACGAUCAAGCACUAGGCCUAAGUCCCUCCCUCGCUCAGUGAUUAGACAUAACCUGGAAAAAUGCGUUCUGGCUCAUAAGCCAAGCUGGACCUGACGUGCUAAUUUGAAGGAGUGAUCGUAACUCACACUUUAGUGAUGAGUUGUAUCCCAAAUAAUAAAUUCUGUGAUAAACAUGCGCUGUAUAACUUGCACCUUUAUGCUAUGUUGCUGGCUUUGCAAGAAUGUGGUGAAAUACUGUAAGGCACUCGAGGUCUUUCUCUCUAUGCAUCGGUAUCUGCGUGUCUAAUGGACAUCAAAUGAGAAGAGUAUCAUCAUUUGCAUAAGACACCAGCUUUUCAUCUAGACCUAGCCUUACAUGCAUUAUACAAAAGUAAACAGGAUUGGUACAAGGACGCUACCUAGAGUAACCCAAAAGAUUACAUUACAUCUGUAUUCAUUGGUUGGUUACAAAAUCUAAUUAUAAUGUUGAAAAUGCUGUUCUACUCUUGUCUGUCUCAAUGUUUGAAAACUCAAUUUGAAUACCCAGAAUCCCAGGGUCGGCUAUGCUUAAGCGCUUACAUCCUGCAGUUCUGGGAUAUAUGCUUA